AUGCUGGAGGAGCUGCUCAUCUUCACCCGGGGCGGCCUCAUCCUCUGGUCGUCCUGCCGGGCGCUCGGCGCCGCCGCCCUCAAGGGCUCCCCCAUCGACGCCCUCAUCCGCUCCUGCCUCCUCGAGGAGCGCUCCGCCGACGCCAGCUUCUCCCAGGACAACUACGCCCUCAAGUGGACCUUCCACAACGACCUCGGCCUCGUCUUCGUCGCCGUCUACCAGAAGAUACUCCACCUCCUCUACGUCGACGACCUCCUCGCCGCCGUCCGCAGGGAGUUCUCUCAGAUUUACGACCCCAAGCGCACCUCCUACGAUGACUUUGGGGACAUCUUCCGCCAGCUCCAUCGCGAGGUGGAGGCGCGCGCCGAGGAGAUGAAGAAGUCCAAGCAGGCCCUCUCGUCCCGUCCACAGCCUGCCCUCUCCCAGAAGAAGGUUGGUCCCAAGGGCCGCCGCGGCGAUUCCCGCGGUGCUGCUGCCAACAAGGGUGGCUCUGGUGCCAAGGAUGACUCUGAUGGCGACGACUCUGGAAACAAGGACCAGAACACUCUGGCGAACGGUGCCUUCAAGGGCCAAGAGAAUGGCGCCCGUAAGGAGAAUUCUCUCGCCCGCCCUGUUGUUGUUAAGGGAAAGGAGAAUGGAGGCCCCAAGGAUAAUGGGGCCUUUGAUGUAAGUAAACUACAGAAGCUACGAACCAACAAGAAGAAUGUUGCCGCUGACAAUGGAACCAAGAAGCUGACUAAACCUGACACAAAGAAGAAAGGGAAGCAAGACAGGGUGUGGGACGACAAACCUUCCAACAAGAAGCUGGAUUUUACAGACCCAGCUGAUGAGAGAGGGGACGAGGUGACAGACAAUGUGGCAGUCAUCGAGGGAGAAAGCAUGAUGGAUAAGGAUGAGGAUCUGAGCAGUGACAGCGAGGACGAAGAGGUGGAAGAUGGACCCAAAAAGAAAGGAUGGUUCUCAUCAAUGUUUCAGAGUAUUGCUGGUAACAAUGUAUUGGAGAAGUCUGAUCUGCAGCCUGCGCUCAAAGCUCUCAAAGAUAGGCUGAUGGCGAAGAACGUGGCAGAGGAAAUUGCAGAGAAGCUUUGUGAAUCUGUUGCAGCUAGCCUUGACGGCAAGAAGCUAGGAUCUUUCACUAGAAUAUCAUCUACAGUCCAGACAGCUAUGGAGGAUGCUCUUCUUCGGAUUUUGACCCCAAGACGCUCUAUUGACAUACUCAGGGAUGUGCACGCUGCCAAGGAGCGUGGGAGGCCAUAUGUCAUUGUUUUCGUUGGGGUGAAUGGAGUUGGCAAAUCCACCAAUCUUGCAAAGGUUGCUUAUUGGCUUCUUCAGCAUAAGCUCAGUGUAACGCUUGCAGCAUGUGACACCUUCAGAUCUGGUGCUGUUGAGCAGCUGAGAACUCAUGCAAGGAGGCUUCAGAUACCUAUAUUUGAGAAGGGUUAUGAGAAAGAUCCAGCAGUUGUAGCGAGGGAGGCUAUUCAGGAAGCAACCCGGAACAAAUCAGAUGUUGUUUUGGUUGACACUGCUGGGCGUAUGCAGGACAAUGAGCCACUCAUGAGGGCACUCUCCAAGCUAAUCAAUCUCAAUAGCCCAGACCUGGUUUUAUUUGUUGGAGAAGCAUUGGUUGGAAAUGAUGCUGUGGAUCAGCUCACUAAAUUUAACCAGAAAUUAGCAGACCUAUCUGCUGUUCCUACUGCUAGAUUGAUUGAUGGUAUCCUGCUCACUAAGUUUGACACCAUUGACGACAAGGUUGGAGCAGCGCUUUCCAUGGUCUACAUAUCCGGAGCUCCAGUCAUGUUCGUCGGCUGUGGUCAGUCCUACACGGACCUGAAGAAGCUGAACGUGAAAUCCAUCGUGAAGACCCUCCUGAAGUGA